GUGCCAGCUGCUUUUUUAGCAUGCUGCUAGCCGUUGUCUGGGAUGACAGCAGGUGGAUGAUUUACACUUGUAUUGUUUUUACUUUCACAUCGCCUCCGCAUCCAGUAAACUGGUCGGAAAUGUCCUACGGUAUCUGCUAACAUCAACAGCCAUCAAAUAAUAAACACAUUCAUUUAAAAAAAAACAUCCUUUCGAAGUUAACAAAAAGACAAAAUCCCGGCGGAGUCUGGACUUAGCAGGUAGCACCACUUCACACUGUCGCCAUGUUGUCAGCGGAGGAGAUUCUGUGCAGCACGCAGCAGGUCAUCGCCGGGCUGGAGGCGCUAAGAGGAGAGAACUGCAGCCUGCUGGAGAGUCUGCAGCAGAGCCCUAUGGCGGCAGUGGUGGAGAGUGGCAGCGUGGAGCAGGAGAAGAGCGGCAUCAUCCGUCAGUCGCUGGAGAGGAUCGAGCUGGGCCUCAGUGAGGCGCAGGUGAUGAUGGCUCUGUCUGCUCAUUUGGGUUCACUGGAGGCUGAGAAACAGAAGCUGCGAGCUCAGGUGCGUCGCCUGUGCCAGGAGAACCAGUGGCUGCGGGACGAGCUGGCCGGCGCCCAGCAGCGUCUUCAGGACCGCGAGCAGGACGUGGUCACCCUGGAGGAGCAGAACAGACACCUGCAGUUCAUGUCCUCCAUACGCAAAUACGACCAGGAGGAGGCGCCGCUGGACGACAGGAACACAUCCUCCACCAAAGAAUCUCUGGACGACCUUUUUCCUGCCGAGGACGAGGAGUCAUCACAAAUGUCAUCCGCACCUCACCACAGCAGCGCAGCCGCCGCGGCCCAGCAGGGCGGCUACGAGAUUCCCGCCCGCCUUCGGACGCUCCACAACCUCGUCAUCCAGUACGCCUCGCAGGGCCGGUACGAGGUCGCCGUCCCGCUCUGCAAACAGGCGCUGGAGGACUUGGAGAAGUCAUCCGGCCACACCCACCCUGACGUCGCCACCAUGUUGAACAUCCUGGCGCUGGUGUACAGAGACCAAAACAAGUACAAAGAAGCGGCCAACCUGCUGAACGACGCACUGGCCAUCAGGGAGAAAACUCUGGGAGUGGACCACCCUGCUGUGGCAGCCACGCUGAACAACCUGGCGGUGCUUUACGGCAAGCGAGGCAAAUACACGGAGGCGGAGCCCCUAUGCAAACGAGCGCUGCAGAUCAGAGAGAAGGUUCUGGGCACGGAUCACCCCGACGUGGCCAAGCAGCUGAACAACUUGGCGCUGCUGUGUCAGAACCAGGGCAAGUACCAGGAGGUGGAGCAGUACUACGAGCGCGCCCUGCACAUCUAUCAGAGCAGACUGGGCCCCGACGACGCCAACGUGGCCAAGACCAAAAACAACCUGGCUUCCUGUUACCUCAAGCAGGGAAAGUACCGCCAAGCAGAAGCGCUGUACAAGGAGAUCCUGACCAGAGCGCACGAGAAGGAAUUUGGAUCUGUGGAAGGUGACGCCCGGCCCAGCUGGUCGGGUGGAGACGACGCCCAAUCUCGUCAGGAGGGUCCCCUGAGGCGCAGCGGCUCCUUCACCAAACUGCGAGAGUCCAUACGGCGAAGCAGCGAGAAGCUGGUCCGUAAGCUGAAGGGCGUUGGCAUGGAGGAUGCGGCUCCCAGGAAUGCUGGGAUGAAAAGAGCCAACUCGCUCAACGUUCUCAAUGUUGGUGGAGGAGAAAGUCAAGAUGGCGGCCAGUCACACUGCCUGAUGGACCAUCGAGGACUGAGCUCCAGCACGCAGAGCCUCAACAGGAGAGGAUCACUAGGCACCAGCUAACGUACACACACACACGCACACACACACACACACACACAGUCUACAUUGAGGGUCCAUUUCCAUUCACAUGAGUAAAAAAGUUAGUUUUUUUUUUUUGGUGUGUUUUGGUAGCCUGCAAACACAAAAUAUGUCUCAAAGUGCAAAUUUUAAAAAAAAAACAAAAAACGUUGUGGUACUUCACAACCAAAACAACAAUGCAGGAUGUUUCUGGGCCGUCACAUGACUUACAUACGAGGAAUUUUUGCGUGUGUGUGUCACAUAGAAAGCGGACCUGAGAUUUCAUUACAUUCCAGGUGAGGAGACAAUCAUUUAUCCUGAGUACGAGUUAAAUAUAAACUUGCAUUUCAGACAUUUUAGGUGCACCUUCACUGAUAUUGGCGCGCACUGAUGCAUCAUGACAGUUUGUCCAGCAGAGGGCGUAGCGACUUUAAAUGAUUCCUUUAAAGAGACAAACGUUUGCACAAUCAACACGCGACCAAAUGUUACAUUUGCUUUACAAGUCCACGUGUAUACGUCUUGCCUUUCAAGUAAUGACAUAUUUUCAUAUCUCAUUUAAGCUUGUUUACAUAUCGACAACGGAACAUAUCUUGUAAGUUUUGACUUGCUAAGGACGGAUUGUAGAAGCUUUUUGCACAUUUACGCUGCAGCAAAGGACAAUGGAGGCGGGCUGAAGUCAAUUUGGAGCUCAGCUGCAGUCAAAAGUUUGGAAUUCUUAAUUCUUAUUUAACGUUUUGAAAGCUGUGAUGCCGCAGGUUGUGGAAAUAUAUAUUUAUAUACUUUAAUGCUACGUAACGUUUCUAUUCUAGAAGACUCUAGUUUGUCACUUGGACUUUCUGGAAGUUUGGAAGAUGUUUUUACAACAUGGUUGUAGGUUUUGCUAAAGUUAGUCGUUUGUGUUUUCUAUUGGAAUACAGUAUGUUGGUGGGAAAUUGAAAUAAAUGUUACUCACUGUUUAUUGUGGAUCAUGAUGAUGUGUGUUUUGUUUGUAGCAAACUAUCGGCUAUAAAUUCAAAUACAAGACAUGGUAUAAAGUGAACUGUACAGCGGCAGUAGAAAACUAAACAGUAGAGUCUGUAUGACAGACAAGGUAUUGAUGUCCCUUUCAGCUCUGAUGAGCCAUCUGAGCGAUCUUCUUCAGCAUGUCCUCCGACUGCAGCUGCUCCAGUGUCAGCAGCGACAGACCCAGUUGGUCCUCCUGCACAGCAGGAGACGGGACGGUUAGCGAGUUGAUGACGGACUUUAUAAUUUGUGUUUGUGUUGAGCGUGACCUGGCUGAAGGGCUGAGCCAUCUGACGCAGGAAGUGCUUGGACAGCUGCACCGUCUCGUCCACGGUGAGGUUGAGGCUGCCGUCGUUGAUGUGCUCCUGGAUCCAGCGAGGAAGCUUCCCGCGUUUGUCGGCUCGGGCGUAGCGCUGCGGGGAGGGAGGAAUGUUAUCACAUGACGACAUUUCUGUCCAGCAGCAAGCGCAAAUGUGUCACAUGACCAGGAAACAGAUUUGAUAUUUGAGUUUUAUCAUUGACUACUUGCCGACUGUGCAUUUUAGUUGACGCCACAAUCUAGGAAUGAAAUGAUACAAUUUAUGGAUAAAUCAUGAUACAAUUUUUGGUAGUUAUCAUAAUUCACAUUUACCGUGUUUGGUUUCUGGUGACUUGGCGCUUCGAAUUUCACAACUUCAUUCUUACGUUUUUCCAAAAAUAUAUUCAUAAAUCAUGGUGUUUUGUGGUUGAUUACAGUCCAUUAUUAGGGGAAAAAAUAAAUACAUUUUUAAAAAAGGCCAAAAAAUACAAUUCAAUUAAAUAUCCCUAAAUUAAGAAUUUUCAGCCACAAAAUGAAGUCAAAACUAUUCAGCAUUCAGAAGACACAUAUCACGUCUUUGAAUGUAAGUAUUCUACACGGUCACUAGGUGUCAGUAAUGUUACUGUAAUGGGUGAGAGAGACACACAAGCACCAGACUUGAUCAGCGGAACAACAGGCUUCUAUUGCAGUUUUGAAUGAUCUCACAACAGGCACAAUCAUCCCCAACACCGGCUACUGUUGCGACCAUAACCCACAGCUCCAACUCCGCUUUGCACGUUCACUCAGCUCAUUUACGGCAACACACACGAGAAUGACUUAUUUAUGUCUUAAAUGGAUUAUUAUCGCUUAUAAUGUGUACUAUAUUGGGUAAUAUGAGUGCAAAGCUGACUAUAGGGGUGUUACUUCAUGUCUAGAGGGCUCUAAUUAUGUUAAAAUCUGUAUUUAGAAGGCCAUAAAGGGAUUUUCUAUGCUCAUAACUAUGAAAACAUCCCAUUAUAAAUAGGGAGUCCUACUUUGCGGAAAAGCACUGAUCACGGUCGCGUCUGGAACCAAUUAACCACGAUCAAUGAGAGAUUACUGUAAUUACAUUUUGAAAUGGUAACAAGGUUUAUCUAUAAACCGUUUAGAGACUGAACGAAAGACACGUUUACCUUGUCAGCAAAAAUCAUGAGUCCGUAGUCCGUCUUGCCUCGGAUGGCUCGGCCCACGCACUGAGCGGCGUGUCGCAUGGCGUCAAACGUGAGGAAGUCGUUCUCUCGGAUCUGGAACUGGUCUCGUAGGUACUCCAGACGGGCCUGGGCGAGGCAGCGACGCGUCAUGUCGAUAGAUGUGAUUGGUCAAAUGCAAGCCAUCGGUAUAGAUGUAAAAGAGAUAGAUCUGACCUUCAGUAUGCGACUCUGCGUGUAAACGUACGGAACGCCAAACAUGAUGACAGCGCGGCCGAAGUGGUGCACUGAACAAACAGGAGCAGAACUUAGAAACCGUGAUGUGUGUUAUAGUUGCACGUUUCUGAGCAGGUACCAAAAUCGAUGCCCUCUGACACUUUCCCUCUGGCGACGGAGAGCAGGAUGGCUCCUCGGCCGUUCUCGCACGCCUAAAGAAGCAGAGGCAGACGUCACAGGUGAACAGUCUUUGACGGUGAUGAUCGAUGGCGACAUCUGUGACCUCCUGGUACUUCUCCAGCGCCAUGCUGGUCUCGGCGGCGUCCUGCGUCUCAAUGAAGAUCAGCUUGUUCUUCUGAAUGUUCUCCAGAAUGCCCUGCAAACAAUGAGAAGUUAGCAUGACGCUAAACGCGGUGCCAUGAGAGAUGGCCUGAACAAACGCUGACCUGUUCAUACCAGGAUGCCACAAUGUUCUCCAUGUAGACAUAGCUGGUGAAAAACGCCACGAUGCCAUCGGGAACGACCGCAGACAUCUCCAGAAGCAGGUUGCCGUAGUUACGAAUCACAGCUGGAACAUUUGAAUGUUUUCUUAGGAUGUUUGACGCUAGAAUAAGAUCUUUCUACGCACCAAAAUCCUCUCUGGUCUCAAACUUUGAGCUGAGAGCCACCUGGUCGUUCCCUCGUCCAACAAUCUGUGAAGACGAGACAGGAUGAGAGCAGGUGGGCGCGGCGCCAUCACUGAGAGUGCCGCGAGCGGCGCACACACCAGCGGGCAGAGGCAGGUGCGUGCCAGCGUCAUGGUGAAAGACGCCAUGGUGACGGGCCGGAAGUCCAGGAUGCGAGGGUAGACGUCCAGCGGAGACAGCGUCUGGCCGGGACAAAAAACACUUGAGGUCACAAGGACAAACCCAAAGCUCGGAGAGGAGGACGAGCAGCUUACACCCGAAGUUAUGAUGACUGACUGGAACCUCUGGAAGACUGGCUUGAUGGCGAUGGACGGGUCCAUGCAGCUGAGGACGAAGAAGACAAACCUCAAGUAGGCUGUUACUUCCACCAGGGUAGCAAAUGCAUGCUAAUUGCGACACAUUGCAAGUUUUUUGCAUUAUGGCGCCAUCUUAGUGUGCAGAGUACAUGUAGGACGUUUGCAUAAUAAGCCUACCUGAAGUGCAAGAUGGGGUUGGCGAUGGUUGGCGUCCUGUCUUCAAAGGGCUCGAUGAUGAUGGUGAAACCUUUAGAACAAGAAGAUACCAUCAAGACAUUGGCGGCUCAAGUCACGCCAUGAGGAUGUUGGCAAGCGCACCUUGACUGUACGUGCUGACCAGCGUGGCAAAGUUGGAGAUGAGCGUGACGGCGGAAAAGUCGGCGAUGUCGGCGAUCUCCAGGGUUCGCAACAACGACUGCAGACGCUCCGCGCAAAACCUGCACAGGAGACGCGCGACAGGGGUCCAAUGAAAGAUGGAUGGAGUGUCACGUGACAGGAGGCCACGCCUCUGAAAGGUGUUGAUGCUGGGAGACCUGAGAGGCUUGCGGUCGAUGCAGACUUUGUCAAAGAUGUCUUUGAGGAACUGCGGGGCGCUCUCUUGAACAACGUGCUGCACCCUCAGACGAGACUUUAAAUAUUCCAUGAAGCGCCUCAGGAAGCCCACAAAGUGCUCUGCAGUGCGGAUGGUGCCCGGAACCGCCUCUGUCACCAACAGCGGUCCAAUCAGUACGUCGGGAUAAUGACAUUUUUUUUUUUUUCUUUAUGCAAGUAAUGGCGCUCCUACCUUGUAGGAUCUCAUCUGGCAACACGGGAUUGGCGAGGUAGACGUCCGUUUCCCGGGCAACGUUGGCCUCCUUCAGGCCCUCCACUAGUCGCCUGUACUCCUCCUUCAGUUUGGCAGCGUCCGUCUCCUUGAUCCUGUCACAUGAUGACAGGAAGUUGAAUGACACAAGGUAGAUCGUGUGGACAAAAGUACAUUUUCUUCACUUUUCACUUACUGUUGGUGGAAUGUGUCCCAAUACUUUUGUCCUAAUCUAUGUAGUAUAGUUUAUGUUUGUCAUCCACAAAGUACAGCUGAUAUUCAUGUUCAUGGCUAAAUGUAGACAAUUUUACUAUGGAGUAUCAGCUGUCAAAAUAAGAUACCAUUACUAAACACAAUGGAACCUCCGUUUUCAUAGAAUUUGGUUUUCUAUAAAAAAAAAAAAAAAGUUGCUAAAAAUGUCUCGUACACUCUCUUUGUUAUCAUGCAAGCAAACAGUGCGCCAAACAAACUGGUCGAGUGCCCAAACAAAGCAUCACCACAUUGGUGACUGAAAAGGACGGGUUCUUCCAGAGGAGGGAUACUAUAGACAGAUUGCGGCCAGGGAAAAAUGUGUGUGUGUGUGUGUGUGUGUGUGUGGCUUGUUUAUUUCGUCAUAGAACACACACAUACAACUUGUAACGGUCUCCUUCCUUCCUAAUAAUAAUAAUAAUAAUAAUAAUAAUAAACAGCACAGUGUGCUGAUGGGGCAUUCAGGCGCACUGCCUAUUUCUGUGUCUGAGACAAAUCUGGAUGCCAAAAAAGUUGCAAUAAUUGUUUCAAAUUGUAUCCUGCUUGUAAAACUAUAAUUAUUCUCUGUAAAAUGUGUUGUGUUAAUAUUUUUGGAUGUCUGGAACUAACUCAAUCGAUUGACAUGAUUUCUUAUGGGAAAAAUUUAUUUGGUUUUCAUCUGGCCUUUCGGAACGGAUUAAUGACGAAAACCAAGGUUCCACCGCAUCAUUCUGUCUUACUUGUGUAUGGUGCUCUGGAGCAUAUCCACGUUGCCCUGACAACGGUCCAGUGUCCGCCUGGUGAUGUUGACGCUCAUGGAGUCAAUGCACACGUUGUCUGAGAAGACAAACACAUUCCGUGAGGUGUGGAAUCUCACGGAUAGACACAGUCGCAGGUUGUUUUUUUUUAAGGCAGUACAUAGUCUUGUCCACUAGGUGUCACUGUGGGCCUUCUUGCCGCCAGUGCCUGUUCCUAGCAUGAAGACCACAAACGACAUUCAUAAAAGAGCCGCUGCAUCAGCUCUGUCAGUGAAUCCCGACACGCACCGAUGUUGUGCGCCUCAUCAAAGACCACCACAGAGUCCUUGGCCAGUUCUUUGGACACCAGGUCUGCUAUCUUGGGGUCCAGCAGGUAGUGGUAGCUGUACACCACGAUGUUGGCGUGCAGGAUCUAAGAGAGAGACAAUGUUACUGGUGUGGGAUCCAAAACACUGCGGCAUUCCUUCACUUCCUGUUGGACGGAGCGUACAGAGUAGCGUGCCAGGUAAUAAGGACACCAGCCUUUCCUGCGGCCAAAGUCCUUUAGGUCAUCCAGGUUAUAGAUGCCAGCGGGGAGCGGAACCUGUCGGCCGACGGCAUCGAACUCCUGUAGGGAGGAGCAAAGAGUUUGUAACAGUGGUGUUGGUAUGGAGGCUGCAUGUGCACGGAGCUGCGUUGGUACCUCAUAGAAGCGACAGGCUGGCAGGUUGGGGUUGCUGUGACGCUGGGCGCGGAUGUACGAUGCCGUCAGACUGUGACACUUCCCAUCUACCUCCUUGCCGAAGCGCAGACUGCUCACCUGGAAGAAAGCGAAAGUCCCGAUGUGUGCUUCCCUUUUCCCACGAGUGUGUCUUUUCCUUUGGCUGACAUGAUUGGUGGUUAUAGCGCCCCCUCCUGCUGUGGCAUGCUCACCUCAGGGUGGAUGCAGAGGUUCUUCCGGGAGGAAAGCGCCAGAGCCAGGAAGUUGUUCUUCUCCCCGGUCUCUUUGGAAUAAAACUCCAUCAGCUUCCUGAGCUCCUCAACCACCUGAACACACACAAUCAAUUAAGCCCGGAAUAUUCAUGUCUGUACGCUCACAUGAUUUGAACUCACCUUCUCAAUCUCAGGAACCGUUCUGGAGCAGUAGAUGAGCUUGGUCACAUCCAGGGGGAAGGCCUGAGGAGGCAGAAGGUCAUAAAGCGAAGCUCUCUGGCAACGUUCACUAGUAAGGAACUCUUUUGUACAGCAGGAGCAUCACUCACCCUCUGGUAUGCAACAAUGAGGGACAACAGGGAGAUGGUCUUCCCUGUUCCUGACGGCAUCUCCAGGACGCCAUGACCCUGAACGUACAUGGAAGACAGAAUCAUUGGCCACAUUAUGAAGUGAUUAUUAAGGAUUGUUCAGGGUUUUUUAUUUGUUAAGAGUACAUGAAGGAGGGAAUUGCUGCAAAUUAAAAAUACGGCAAUCACAUAAACACUGCAGGAUCAAACCUACAUUUUUCUUUGCUGAACACUUGACCGUAAUAUUUAAACACUAUUUUCGAGCAUGUGAGGCCAAGUGUUUCACAAUGACAUUAUGAAAAAAUGUACCUUUUCAUUUUGACAACUUUCUUUGGGGCAAAGACGGACAUCCCUGAGGUCUGGCACCUAUGGUAGCCUGGCAAAUUUACUCUUUUUUCCGUGAACAUGCAUCAUUUCUCUCAUGCAGAUGUUUCAUUGCCUUUGUGUGUUUUGUAUAACAAUUGUGUUCUGAGCGUUUGGACGUUGCUGCACGUUAGCCCCUAUCAGCCACCGUACAAAUCAGCUUAACUUGUUCCAAACCAGAAGCUGAUCUUCCACCCACCGUAUAUGCUGUUCAAUACAUUCCAGGUAUAUUUUGCUCUCCCACCUUAGCAUCUAGUGUCCUCUUCAGCUCCAGCAUGUAGGAGUAUUGCUCGGGAUAGAUGUAAUCAUAUGGAAAAUACACCAGCAGGCCGUCGAUGUUGAGCCUGAAAAAAAUUGUUAAAUCAGUCCGACUUGUUUUAUUUGCGUUAGCGUCGUCAAAGCUAGCAAAAGAUGCUAUGCUUUAGCACGGCUGUGAAGCUGUGCAAACCGCGACUAGCUGUUCAGCUAACGGGUGAAACAUGAGGUUAUAAAAUGACCAGAAUCACUCACUUCAUUGUUGCCGAAUGUCUCCUCUUCUUUGACGGCCACGUUAAUUAUUUUUAAGCCCUCAUUGACAACUUUGUUGUGAGCGGAAGCCGGUUUCUAUGGGCUUCUUCGUCUCGUUGUUAGACUGUGACUACGUCAAUUUGUUUAUUGCCACCUAGUGUAUGGGAGUACACAUUGCGCUAUAUUACUACAGUAAAUGUGUAUCGUUGUUUUAGACCGAGAUGUUUUGAUAAAGCGAUAACGAUACAAUUUGUGAAUUACCGCUCACAGUUUUGACCAAAACGUCCAGAUAUAAAUCUAUUGAUGAAGCUAUAACGCUAAAUACACUUAUAUGGAAUUUAUUAGCCCUCAGUUUUCACAAAAACGUCCGAUGUUCGUCGUAUACUGCCCCCCGGUGGUCAGAUUAAGAAGUGCAAAUACAUUUGACGAGCUUUGUAUUUAAUAUUUUUCUGUUCAAGACCUUCAAAAUUUAAACGACACAUUCCCUUACGUGCAAUAAAAAACUUAAGUCUUGGUCCACAAUUUUUUUGUAGUGGAACAUUUUAUUGACAUGAAUGUAUACAGCACAGCAGUGACACUGAACAUUAACAGGACCAGAAGAGCUCUAAAUAUAGUUUGAAUAGAAUAAUCAUUUUAUGCUUCAGUCGUUUAGUUGAAACACAAGAAUAAGCAUUCUAGAUGAUCAACUACACAAGAUCAAUGAUGAACUUUAGGCCAAUAUAGACAAAACAGAAAGAAAUAACAGUUUGUUUGCGGAACAACUUAGUUUGACUUUACUGCAGAGAUGAUUUGUAAAAAAAAAAAGUGUCAUGAGCUAAUAACAAAGUUGUACGACAUGUUAUCUACAUGUGUUGACAGCUUGUUGACGGUGACAACAUGGCUGCUGUCGUCUAAUGGUGAUUACAUGUUGCUGUGAAAAAGGCGCCUGAGGACCAGCCUGACGCCUCCCACUCGUCCAAACGUCCCUCUGCUCAGUCUGUCAUUACGUUGACGCGCCGCCUGGCGUGUUCCUCACAGCUCACAACGGUGGUCCACGUUCUUGUAGCGGUCCAUGAUCCUUAGCACAUCCUCCAGGAUGGAGGGGCCUAGGUCCAAGUCUAGACCCACCAUGGAGUCUGAGCGCGGAAUGCUGGAGGAGGCAACAAGGCGGAAGUGACCACAUGGGGAAUCGCUGCGAUCGCUCCUCAGAUCCUCGUUGCUCAGGCCGGCAUCAGAGUCCAGACUGAGGCCUCGUUGGGCGUCCAGGGGUCCGCAGGUGUCUGACAUGGACUCCUCUGACGACGCCUCUGAGAAGGAGCCCGAGGAGGGGACCAGCCUGCGGAUGGUGGGUGAGACUGAGACAUCCCGGCAUGGCUCGGCCGACGAGUGGCAUGGCAACGUGGGGUGCUGCUUGAGGCUGACAUUUGCGGGCUGCAGGUGGCGCUGGGUGGGGUCAUC